CAUGAAAACGUACCCGGACACACUCGCAGCAUUCUAAUGGGUUGCAGGGAAUAGACUCAUAUGGGCAUAAUUUAUUUUCAUUCCUUAGCGAUUAAGUGCAUGGAUUGGCUGCCGCUGAAAUUGCUCCUUAGAUUUCUGAUUUUUUUUAUUCCAGUAAACAUUAGCAUUUUAUAGACUGCAGUGCAUUAGGCUGAACUUAUUUCCCACGAAAUCUUGUACAUGGGAAUUUCAACACUGUUUUCACCAAUGCUCUUGCGGGUGUUCCUCAAUCUGUGUCAUUAUUUGCUCAGUGCUUCGAGGAGAACGAAACAUGUUGAGGUAUUCAAUCGAGAAAUAAGCCUGGACAACGGUGACGACUGGACUUUUCACUAGGUUAUCUGCUGACAUUAAAUCCAGUGUUAUGAUACAUGCAUUAGCCGAUAUAUGACGGGUCAUCCAUAUUUCUCUGUCUAAUUUUUCACCAGAGGGGUGAUAUAGCCUGCUCUGACGUCUGCAUCAGAUAUUGCCCUGUGCAUUUUUUUAUGUGCAUUUUUUCCUCCGUGACUUUGAAUUGAGAGAAGCAAAUCUACAUCAUCAUCAGCAACAAAAAGGGAAUGAAGAUUUCAUUUUUCUUUUUUUUUACUCACUGCUUCCCCUCACCCCCCAACGUUUACGGCUAAAACAAAUCCUUAAACACAUCAUAGCAUACAUUGUGGAACAAUCUCUAGCGCCGGAGCAUCGCUGGAACCAUGCCUCUUCCGCAGGUUUGGACUGGGAAAUUGCAACUGCCAGUUUAAUCAACAAGACGCUGCUGUUCGUUAUCAAACGGCUCUCAUUUUCCCCGGACUUCUUGGUUUUUAAGGAAGACGCAUUGUUAUCACUUUUUGAAAGUCUUGUGUAGGCUGUUUUGGGCAAGAUGUCGGAUCUUCUGGUGUUGGUUGAGGGGGUCUGUGACCUGCACGGAUUUCCAUAGCUGGGGAAACAGUUGGGGCUAAUUACGAGGUGUAAACCCACACAUAUUUUUUAUAAAGCCAUUACAUGACUAAAUGUAUCAUAUAUUUUUUAGAAGCAAUUUCUUUUAAUUGCUUUUUUUAUUUUAUUUUCACAAUUUUCUUUGGACCACAGGCGGUUGGAUUAUUGAAACGAUAUAAGGAUUUGUGGAAAUGUUGGGUCCUCAAGAAGAUAAAUUAUGUGGAAUUUUCUCUGCUUUGGCGGCUCUGUCCUUCGUUUGCUUUGCUCAAAGCACCUCCACUGGACAAACCGGAAUAUCUUUGGCCAAGGCCACCGUGGACAAGUUGCUGAAGGGGUAUGACAUCCGUCUAAGGCCUGAUUUUGGAGGUAAUCCAGUCAUUGUAGGAAUGAGCAUUAACAUCGCUAGCAUUGACUCCAUCUCAGAAGUGAACAUGGAUUACACCAUCACAAUGUAUUUCCAACAAAGUUGGCGAGACAAGCGGUUGGCAUACGCUGAGCUGCCCCUCAACCUGACUCUGGAUAAUCGUGUGGCAGACCAGCUGUGGCUUCCAGACACCUACUUCCUCAACGACAAGAAGUCCUUCCUUCAUGGCGUGACAGUAAAGAACCGCAUGAUUCGACUGCAUCCUGAUGGCACCGUGUUAUAUGGGCUCAGAAUAACCACUACAGCAGCCUGCAUGAUGGACUUGAGGAGGUACCCCCUCGACGAACAGAACUGCACCCUGGAAAUUGAAAGCUAUGGCUAUACCACGGACGACAUUGUCUUCUACUGGCACGGAGGGGACAAUGCGGUGACAGGGGUAGACAAGCUGGAGCUUCCUCAGUUCUCAAUUGUGGCGCUUCGCCUGGUGUCCAGGGAGGUCAGAUUUACCACAGGUUCCUAUCCCCGGCUAUCGCUGAGUUUCAUGAUUAAGAGGAACAUCGGCUAUUUCAUUCUGCAGACGUACAUGCCCUCCAUCCUGAUCACCAUCCUCUCCUGGGUGUCCUUCUGGAUCAACUACGAUGCCUCUGCUGCUCGAGUGGCCCUGGGUGUUACAACGGUGCUCACCAUGACAACCAUUAACACCCACCUUCGGGAGACCCUCCCAAAAAUCCCGUACGUGAAAGCCAUUGACGUCUACCUCAUGGGCUGUUUCGUGUUUGUGUUCCUGGCCCUGCUUGAAUAUGCCUUCGUAAACUAUGUGUUCUUCGGCCGGGGCCCCCAGCAACAGAAGAAAAUCAACGAGAGGCUGAACAAAGCCAACAACGAGCGCCCGCGAUACGAAGAGAAGCGCCUGAGGGAACAGGACUCCAUUGCCACGCCGUUUCAAACCAACACCCUCAGGUCAUAUACACAGCGAAGAAAUCUGUAUCUCGAGGAACAAAGAAAAGUUGGGGUGGAUGCGUACGGAAACAUCCUGCUCACCACACUGGAGAUGAAUAAUGAGGUGAUGCCGUCAGACAUGGGAAGUAGCGUCAGUGACUCCCGGAAUUCGGUGAUGUCAUUCGACAGCUCCGGGGUCCAGUUCAGGAAGCCCAUGGCUCCCCGGGACGGCUUCAGCCACCACUCACUGGACCGCAGCGCCAUGCGCAGCAGGGCCAACUGUCGACUACGGCGGCGCUCCUCCAAGCUCAAGCUGAAAAUUCCCAACCUGGCAGAUGUCAGCACCAUUGACAAGUGGUCCCGGGUCCUUUUCCCCAUCAUGUUUGGAUUUUUCAACCUAAUCUACUGGUUGUACUAUGUGAAUUGAUGUGCAUCCUUCUAGGAAUCAUGGGCCAUAUUUUUAGAGCACAUUAAAUUGGCUUUGAUACAGUUGGAAAAUAUGUAUACACAUAUACAAGUUGAUACAUAUGUAUAUGCAUAUUUCUAUAUAUUAUAUUUAUAUAUACACAUGUGUGUGUAAAUCUGAAGGACUUUUCUCCUGUAUAAAGUAUUAAUAGAAUGACUUGAAUGUUUAAGAAUAAUUGCGAGAGAAACAUUUCAAGCCUUUAAAUUUCCUUUUCCUCCUGAAACAAGCAAACCAACAAACAAACAUCAAUCCCUUCGGGGGAUUUCGGAACUAAAGACUGCAUGAUAUUUUUGCUAAAAAAGAAAGCGAAAGCUCUUGAGAGAAGAGACGUCUCAGAGUCUCAUUGGCUUUUUAUUGAUACUCACUGUAAUCAGCGUCCUCCACUGCAGCUCAUCAAAUCAGAGGUGGCUUGUGUGUUCAGGUAUCGGCUGAGUCAAGUCCCUAAUAUCCAGACCCCCCCCCACCCCCACCCCCAUCUACCAUGGAUGACGUGCGCGGAAUUCUCCGGCUCUUCUCUGUACAGCAAACUGGUUUGGAUUAUGUGUUGUUCCUUGGCUUUUUUCGAGUGACGUUCUCUUUACGGGACUUCCGCUCUGGCACUUUGCUGGCCAACAUUUGGGGUCCAUCCGGAUGGAGUGUUAGACCACAGCGUUCCUGCCCAGAGUCAGUGCAAACCUCUCUUCAUUUCUCUUCUCAUGUGUGUUUUAGAGCAGUUCCUUGGGGUAUUUUCAUAAUGGUUAUAAAAAUGAUGAUGAUUAUUGUAAUUAUUAUUUUGUCUUAAAAAUACAGUGUUUUUGGGAGAGUGUCACUUAAACAUGUUCUAGAGUUAGUGCAUUAUUAGAAAAAAAAAGUCACAGGUAUGAAUUACUAAUUUUGAUUGUUUGAAAAAUAGACAUGUAUUGUACAUUGUCAUUCAGUAUCCUCAUGAACAUAGUUGGCAAAUAUAAUUGUAUUCUUUCUUUCCUCUUUCGAGUGCUUCACAUGCUCUGUAGAUACAGUAUUCAUGCCACAUAUCCAGCUUUGUGUUCUGUAAGGAAGGAAGGAUACCUAUAGUGAACGAUGUGAAGUUAUUCCACUAUAAAGAGAAAAAAAAAAUUGUGUAUUAAAAAGGGAUAUCGCCA